UUCUCAAAGCUAGCUCCAAGCAAUAGCUCAUAUUAUUCUCAUAGCUAUAGCAAGCAAGAGUCUACUGUCUCGCAUGGCUUCCUCUGAUACUGGUAACAUUACCGAAGUGAAAGCCGGAUACUGGUAUUGCGACAGUCAAUCCCCAACCCCGGUGGCCGACAUACCUUCCGAGCUUUUCACCCAUCUUUUUGCUGCCUUUGCGGAUGUCAAACUCAUUGGCAACGACUGUAAAGUCACCUUUCCUGAAGCAUAUGAGGUGCAGUUCUCAACCUUCACCCUAACCGUGCAAAAAAAGAACCCUUUAGUUCAAACCCUUUUAUCCAUCGGUGGAGGAGCCUCUACCUUUGCUUCCAUGGCUAGCCAGGUCAAUACCCGUCAAUCAUUCAUACAUUCCUCAAUAAAUCUAGCCAGGUCUAACGACUUCCAUGGCCUUAGCCUCCACUGGCAGUACCCCUCCACGGAGGAAGAAAGGACCAACCUUGGCUCACUCCUCAAUGAAUGGCGAGCUGAGGUGGACCUAGAGUCCAAGUUGACAGGCAAUGACCCGCUGCUUCUAGUCGCAGCGGUCUAUUACAGGCCACAAAUACAUGAGGACUCGUUCAAUUAUCCCGUUGCUGAAAUUGCAAGCAGCUUGGACUGGAUCAACCUAGUGGCGUAUGACUUCUAUAACCCCGUUCUCUCAGGGAAUAAUACUGGACCUUUUGCUGCAUUGCACAAUGGACAUAUCCACGAAGAAGAUCCACGUUGUGCGGAUCCCGGCGUCAGAGCUUGGAUUCAUCAUGGAGUGCCCGCCAACAAAAUAGUCUUCGGCCUUCCAUUUUAUGGGGCCGCGUGGCGUCUAAAAGAUGAUACACAGAGAGGAAUAUUUGCGGCGGCUGAUGGAGCGGCUGAUGGAGCGGCUGCUGGAGUAUAUAUUAAUCCCUCAGAUGGGACCAUACUUUAUAACCAAAUCAAGUAUUUCAUAGAGACACACCCCGGUAGCGACCCGGUACACCAUGACGACUAUGUUGUAGACAUUUUCAGUGCUGAGAAUACUUGGAUUGCUUAUAAUGAUACCCAGAGUAUCACUGCUAAGGUUAAAUAUGCUAAGGAAAAUGCAUUGCUCGGCUACUAUGCAUGGCAUGUGGGCGGCGACAGACAGGGGACCCUUUCUCAAGCAGCUUCUGAAGUAUGGAAUCGGGUUGCACUUGCCACCGAUGGCACCGACACUGGCGGCGCCGGCACGGGUGGCGCUGGCACCGGAGGCGCCGGUACCGGUGGUGCCCUCACCUUCGGCAACGUCACCGUCACCGGCGGCGCUGGCGACGGCAACGUCACCGUCACUGUCACCGCCGGCAACAUCAAUGUUGGCAGUGUCACCGGUGGAACUGGCACCGGCGGCACCGGCACUGGUGGCACUGGCACCGGCGGCACGGGCACCGGCACAGGGACCGGGAUCGGAAUGGCACCAAGACCAGCACCAAUAGUGCGUAGUAUUAAUAGUUUGUUAAGCUGCCGUCAUCAACAAAAAGGCAACUAAUCAGAUAUGUCAUGUUUAGAAGCUUGUAUUACCCACAAUAACGCCAAUUAUCAGGUGUGUUAUAAGGUCAAUAAUCAGACGUGCGUGUAUUUGUAACAUAGAAGCUUGUGUUAUGAACAAUAAGGCCUGUAAUCCAAUAUAUGUCCCGUUAAAAAGCUUGUAUUAUCUACGAUAAGGCCAAUUAUCAAAUAUGGUGUGUUGUAAAGCCAAUAA